AUGGAGCGCUCCAACCGGACGACCAGCUACGUCCUCGCAGACGACAAAAGAGAAGCGAAGCAGGUCAUCGACGUGGAUCGACUAGAGCCGAAAUACGCGGCGCUGAUAGAAAGAUGCCGGGCCAUCGAAGGCUGCUACAUCGAGAACCUGAAGUGCUGCCACAAGAUCUUCCAGAAUCUGCGCAACUUCGGUGUGCACAUCACCAAAAUCCACCGCAGCAUGGAGGACGACGUCAAAGCCGGCAAGACCUUCGCCUGCCACAUUUGCGAGGGGCGGACUUACAGAAGCACCUUCGCUCUUCAGCGGCACCUGAGAGAGACGCAUCGAAGCAUGGACCACAACUCGAUCAGAAGAGCAGUCGAAAGGGCCAAAAUUGCGCAAGAGAACGGCAUUGCGCUCAAUGAACGACACUGGCGCCAGAACCACCUCGAGUCCGAUUACAACGUAAUGCUGAGCACGGAGACUUGCGACGUUUGCGAGAGCAAGCAUCCGGAUCCGCGGACGCUGGCCACGCACAUGGCCAGAACGCACAAAGACUACUGGAUCUUUGACGCGUUUGGAAGACACAAGGACAAUCCCAACUUCGAGGCGCCGAGUUUUGAAGAAAAUGAAAACAUAGAAGAGAACUUCGUGAUUCCGAGAAAAUCCGACAGAAAGUCGAAAAAGUCUCUUUCCCAAGAAAACAUCUCAAGUCUGCGAAAGCUUCAAAUCUCCAACGGCCAAAAGCAAAACCAAAAUCAGUCGAAUAGCGUCAAAAACGAAGUCGAAAUCGUCAAAUUCGACUUCGACGGCGUCGAGGGAGAAGACGAAAGCGAGGAAAUCGAAGAGAUCGACACUUCCCUUUCGAAUCAGGAAGAGAAGCUCCUUUCUGGCGACGAAAUCGGCACGAAUAUGAAUGGAACGCUGAUUCGCACCUGCUCCCUUUGCAAGACUCGGUUCAACGAUGCUCCUCAAUACAGGGAACACAUGAAAGCGGAGCACUCGGACGUCAACUGGGAAAAGAUGCCGCAAUUCGAAUGUCCCGAUUGUGGGAAAAUGUUUUCCCAGCACUCGAAUAUGCGCCGCCACCAUCGAAUCCACACAGGCGAAAGUCUUUUCGAUUGCAACAUUUGCGGGCGAGGCUUCAUCCAAAAAGUAGCGCUGCAGUAUCACCUGACUACGGUGCAUUCUGGCGACUCGAACGAAUGCAAAAUAUGCGGAAAAUUCUUCAAAGACGCGCAAGAUCUCAAAACGCACAUCAGAGUUCAUACAGGUCGAAAAGCAGGCUCAUUCGUCAAAGAAAUCGGAAAGAGCAAGGCUGCAAAGAAAGAAAGAGAGCAAAAGAAAGAGUCGAAAAGUGCGGAAGCGACGAACGGAAGUCCACAGCUAAUCACUAAUUCGCGGAAAAGGAAGAGAAGAUCCGAAAUCGAGCAUGUUCACGACGACGAGGAGGAGGAAGAAACUCCGAAGACCUACAGUUGCCCAAUUUGCACGAGAAACGUGGAAUUCUCGCGCCGCGAAUUCCUCGACCAGCACUUGCUCCACCACGAAGACUGUCUGGCGAUUCUUCAGCGCAAGCGACCGCGCCGCCCAGAGGUCGAAAGAGCCAACCACGAGAAAAUGAUGGAAGAACUCUACAAAAACUGCCCCUUCAAAAUGAAACGAUCGAAAACGAUGAGUAGCAUUUUAAAUGAAAGCGAGGAAGACGAGCUGCUGGAACCGGCGCCAAAGCAGGAGCGAGUUCGACUCAUUCCCCGCGAGUUCAGCUGCAAACGGAUAGAAGGAACGAACUGCACAUUCACGAGCAGAGUGGAGGCCAUCUUCCGAGAACACAUCCUCACCCACGUGACGGAAAAGCUAAAGAAAGAAGGACUCCUGGACAAUAAUUAA